AUGUCUAGCUAUGACCUCUCUUGCCUGUUCCUUUUGCCAGGUCCCCAGACAUCACAUUAAAGCAAUAGUAGUGGUGCUGUCAGUGAAAUGAUUGCCUGUCCCUGAAGGUGUUGGACUGAGACCCAAAUCAUUUCCCAAGGGACUGGAAAGCUGCAGGAUAUUAAGGACUCAGAGGCACUUCUGACCUGGGCAGGAUCCCAGCAGGCAGCCAUCUGGUUCUAGAAGCCUGAUCCAGCUCCCAGGGAAGCCAGUGGCAAAGACCUAUUGGCUUAAUUCAGGGGCGGGCAAUUAUUUUGUGCGGAGGGCCAUCUGAGUUUUGGCAAGCCAUCGAGAGCUGCAUGAUAGAGAGCCAGGGGCAGGUAAAUAUUAAUUUUCUAAAUUUUUUAGGGGCCCCGCAGGUUGCAUAGAAUGUCCUGGAAGGCUGCAUCCGGCCCCCGGGUCACAUUUUGCCCACCCCUGGCUUAAUUGGAAGCAAGAUCCAGCCCUGUAUCCCACAGCAGAGUUGUCUUCAGGACCUCAGCUUGGCUUGUUGAGAAAAACAGAGGGAAAAUUAUUCCAUGCAAUCAUCAGAGUCUGCACGGACCUGCUUUUGGGAAGUUGGCUAAAUGUCUUGAAGCCUGAAGGCAUAAAAUCCCAUGUCAUAUUAGAGCCUGCCUAAUGGAACAGGGGAUGUUCUUAUUUACCCAUAUUAGCAACUCAUCCGCCAAGGACUUCUGCUGGGGGAGAUGUCCUAAGGCUUCAGAAGCUAGUCACCAAACCCAGCUAGUCACCAAACCCAAAAAAUGUGGCAUUGAAGCAUGCGUAGUACCCCCACCCCCCCAACUGCUCUUGAGACCUGCCUCUGGGUGUUGGCAAGCUGUGGUGAAGCCUAGAAAUUUAGUAUUAAUAUUUUUAAAAAUGGAGGUUGAGGUUCUCCUGCAAUCUCAUGACUGGGAUGUUACACAAAAGGUCACAGAAUGAAAUCAUGAGAGUGGGCACCAUGGUUUUGUCAGAGCACUUGAAGGAUGGAAAGGCUUUCUACAGAGCUAAUAAUACAGAGUAGCAGACUGGGAGCCAGGACUCCUGGGGUUCUAUCCCCAAAUCGCACACAGAGUUAUUACAGGGCUGCGAAUGACAUUUAUCAUUAAUGCAUUAGUCCAAUCUGUUCUUCUGCAAGAAUUGAGUUUAUCCUCCAGGUGCAUGAUUCGGAUCUUUAAAGUACUGCACUUCAGCUCCCUAUUUCCUUACUGUUUUGUUAGUCUGCAUUAAUUAAUCCCACCUCUGGGACAAGUUUGCUUGUAACAUGAACCUACUUCUUCCAACUCACUCUCCUCUCUCAAAUCUCCAUCAGUUCCCCCCACCCCCUCCCCGUGGCAGCAUGUGAGCUCCUGCACGGCUGCACUUUCUCAUGCUCAGUGGCUGUCAGUCACCACGCGGGAGUGAACAAUGGAAGUGUGUCUUGUGAGAGUGCCUGAAGCUGGGUGUCAACUUCCCCGUGCUGGACAGGUGGGUUUUGUGUGACCCGCGAACAUCUGUGGCGUGCUUCGCUGGCAUGAGUGCAGGGAGAUUACGCCUGCUAGGAGCAGCUGGCUGCUUUGCAGGAAGAGCUUUCAAAAGCCGGAAAACCUGCUUCAGAGCCUGCCCCUGCAUGCUCUGCAUACGAACGGCUACUUGCUGUGCACUGAAAGGCCUUGUCCAUUCCAGGAGCUCGGCCUCAUGGGGUGUGCAGGACAGAGCCAUGUGCAAAGAGCUGUCCAUGACUUCCUACCCUAGGGCCAGGCAGUGUCCUGCUCUUCCUCCCUUCGACAUAAGUUAUGUGGCAACAAGCAGCCCCUUCUCCCUGUUUGGUAGGCACUUUUGGCAGGCUGCCUUUGAGAAAGCCAGGCAUGCUGCUUUCAGAGAGUGACAGACCUCUGAAGCCCUCCUCAUGGGAAGCCCUAGUCCACUCCAAGCUCAGUAGGUGCAUAUGGCCGUGCAGACUUAGGGGCUUGGAUGCCUGAAAUAGGAUGUGGGUCUUUUCACCUCAGAGUCUCUGGUUCUGAUCCAGGCUGAUACUCUGCAAUGUUCUCAGGCCAGUUUCUGCUGGAAACACAUUUUGUGAUCUGGCUAAAAGAUUUUCCAGAUUUCAGUACACAGUGCCGAUCCCCAGGUGUAGGGAUGGGGCACUGAAUGAUAGGACUGAAUAGUGUUGACAGGUCUGGGUGAGGACCUAGGGCAGCUGUAUGUCAAGACUGAGUUGAGCUGGCUGAGCUCACUGAGCAAAGUCCAUGAGUAAACCCAUUUUUGAUUGAAUGCAUUUUGGAAGCCCAAGAGGGGUGUGUUGGACUCUGAAGCUGCUGCCUUCUCAUUCCAACUCUGACAUAAACCCUAUUCAGGGGCUUGAACAAGUCACUUGGUCCAAAAGUUUCCAAAAUGGCGACUAAUUUGGGUGCCCUGGCUCUCAUUUCAGAGUUGUGAAGUACCUAACCAAAAGGGAAAAAAGUCCUUAGUGUGUCUGCAAACAAGGGAUACCAAACCAGGCACCCAGAAAUGGAAGGACCACUAGCUGCCUUGGGAUGCCUUGGCCUCAGCCUCUCUACCUCAGUUUCUCUGUGAUAAAUGCAGCUAAUAACAUUCCCCUAUCUCACUAGGGAGUGCCUAGAAUGAAUUCGCUGGUAUUUGUAAAGCACUCUGUAAGUGCAAAGCCUUGUGUCUUAUUCCUUAAUGUCUGAAUGCUCACCAUACUAUUAAAAUCAGGAUUUCAGAAGGGAGCAUCUAGUCUCACAGCAGCAUCCAAAACUUGAAAGGAAGCAAGACUGUUUAAACCAUCAACCUUUUUCUUUUCCUGAGCCAGAUGUUAAGCCCUAAAGAACUGAAGUGGCACAAGGAAUUACUUUCCCAAGUUCCCCCAGCUGGGCUGACAGACCUUGAUCAAUGGUUUUUUCCAUAGUAAGUGCUAUGCAGAUGGUCUACCCAGAGCAGGGCUUCUAUGAAGUACAAAGGGAAGUCAAACACCAUUUCUAAUUCAGCUUGUAGCAUGGCACACUUCCUUUAUCCUCCGCCUGAAUGCCGUGAAUAGAGAAGCAGUGUGGGAAACUCAGAGGAACUCCAAACUCACACAGUCUGAGGGUCUGUAACACACUCCUGUCCUCAGCCCCACAUCUGCCUGUAGCAGACAGGGGGGGAGAGAAUGACAGAAAGAAAAAUCAGAUUAUAAGAAACUGCAUGAGGAAAAAUCCACUGAACCCCCCCACCCCCCGAAGGAAGCUUCUGUGCAUGAACAGAAAUGGCCAUAGUUUGAAACUGGGAACUCUGGCAGAUAUUUAAGCCCCCAUCUCUGGCAAGCUGCAGCACAGUGGAUAAUUAGGGCAAAAGGGCACAGAAUAUGAAUCAUAGGAGCAGACCCUGGGUUUCUGCAGCACCAAUUAAUGCCCACAGAAACUGUCUCAUUGAGUUCAAAGGAGCUGAGCUAGGCCCUUAGGUUGUGUGAUCCAUGCACACAGCAUUGUGUAGUGCUUUGUCCAGUCUAAUUUAAAAUUCCUUGUGAGGUGUGGCUCCUUGGCUUUAGGCAGAACAUCUGCAAAGCUUGUGCACCAUCCUUUCAUGCAUCCUAGAGGCAAAGCUAUGCUCAGACCUGGGGUGAGUCUAAACUGUUCCCAGGGAACGCGGUCCUCCGUGUGUGUUGCAGGAGUGUUCUCUAUCUGUACAGAUGGAAACCUGGAGGUGGCAGAUAAUAUGCCAGGAGAUGGUGGUGUGUGGUUUGCAGGCUUUGCGAAACCAGUGAACUCCCUCACACUACUGAUGGCUUCCUCACCGCAACUUUUUCCAUUAGCUCUUAAUGAGAGGAAGAGCUGAAGCCAAAGCAGCAUGUGAAUUGAAUAGGUCUGUCACUCCUUUUAUCCACAGCCCUCCAGUCACUUAGUAACUCUCAGUGAGCCAAGUCCUUUGCAUGUCCUGAGAAGUGUUGCACCUGUGUUUUACUGAUUGGGAAACUGAGGCACCAAGGACUGAAGUUAUUUGCAUCUGGCCAGCCAGGGGGUGACUGGCAGGGCCCAGGAGUCUCCAUUACCAGUCCCCUGCUCCAACUACAAGCUGAUCCCAAGCCCCUACAGUUCUGUCAGCGCUGCCGUGCGCUGCUGUCAUGGGGUGAAAUGUUUGCACAAAUGUAUCGCUUUCCCCAGGGAACGGUGCAGGCAGCAGCAAGUGUCAAGGGGCUUGCUCUCUGUUUUGUGGUCCAGUGAGAGUGCUGAUUACCUUCACUCCCGGACAUCUCAAAACCACAGGACAUUGUAAAUAUGAUCAAGUUGAGUCACCUUUUUGGGGAAGUUGCCGAUGCAAAACUAUGCCCUGACCCCAGAUGCACCAAGGGCUGUGACCUGCAGCAAAGUGGUUACCAUGUGUGGGCAAUGGGAGCUGUGGCCUGGUUGGUGGGGUUUCACACCUCUGUGGCAAGGAAGAAAGGUGGCUUUGAGGGCCAUUGGAGAUGGGUGCGUUGCCAUCUGCUAUCAUAUCCAACAUGACCUCUGAAAGUGACGGGGGACUAGAUGCUCACUUCUCUGCCUGUUUUACUCUUCUGCUUUACUGUGUGAAAGAAACCAUAUUUGGAGGGAUCUUUGUGGUUACCUGCAUGUGGCAAGCCUCUAGUAUGUAUUCAGACUAGUGUGGUAAGUGCGCACAAGAAAAAUAGGGCCUUAGCUUUUCAGGUCCACAGUUAUCCCAGCUGUAGAAAGGGAUGGUUCCCUGCCUUAUUAGCCUUGUUACUGCUUCUGAAGUGCUUUGAGCUGUUUGGAUGGAAGAUGAUACCAAUGAAAAUGCUAAUCAGGCCCAAUCCCAAACAUGGAUUUUUAGUUUUGCUGGUGUAAGUCUGGAUGAUUUUACUGAAGAGCUGAAUCUCUAGUAUAGAUUCAGAUUAUAGAUAGUAUGAUUCAGUAUGAGUAUCAGUAUAGAUUCAGUAUGAGAGCAGAUUAUAUCCCUGGAAAUGCAACGUAUAAGGGUCAAAUCCAGGAGUCGUGCUCAGGCUUUACAUGGGCUGAAAUUCCCAUUUGCGUCACUAAGGCUUUCACCGAUGAGAAGGUAUCAGAGUUUGGCCCUGUUUGCCAUUCCCUGCAGCAAGGUCUCACCGUGUUCAGGGCUAACUGUGUGAAAAUAUCUCAGGGUCUUGGUGCCUUUUCCAUCCCUCAAGCAUCAUCUUGGCUUCUCUCUUUCUCCUGAGCAUCCUAGCACGGUAAGUGGCUGAUUACCAUAUGGCUGUGGAAGUGUGUAUGUCUCCCAGUUUCCCACACCAUUUCUUAACGAUAUUCAUUCCCCUCACAAAGGAAGUGUGCCUGAUUACAAACCACAUUAGCGAUGGUGCUUGACUUUGCAUUGUGUUCAGUGGGAAACCCUUCUCCCAAAAGGCCAUCUGGGUAGCAGUUACCCGAAGGGAAGCAAUGGGAGCAGUGACUAGCUCUGAAGACUUGGGAAAGCACAGCUCCUUUAAGUCUUUUGAAAAAGUAACAUCUGGCAGAAGUUUAGGAGGAGGGCUGUUAUCAGCUUCACACUGCAGGCAUGGUACCUGGAGCUAGGCUCUUAGGGCUAGAACUUGUCUCCCUCUCCACCCAGCCCCUCUCCUCCAUUGCCUCUGGUGUCCACGAUCCAGUGGAAAGCAAUCACUGGUGUUGGAUCAUUACUUAAUGCCGAAGUCCUUGCCCCGAUGUACCUCCAUUAUCUCCAGUGGUCUUGCACAAGGAGUGAAUUUGGUUCGUUGCUUUUCUUUGGGGUUUGCAAACAAAAUUUUGAAGCUAGAGUAAUUUGUGUCUGUGUCAUGAGAGAGUGACCUUCACCCGUUGCACAUCCACAGAGAAAACAGUCAAGCAGUUUUUAAAAAUGUAUUUCCCUGAGGCUAGACCUUUUUUUCCUAGUGUUUCUGAUAAAAAAAAUGUGGUUCUGAGAGAGGGGAAAGAGCAAAGGAAAAUCUGGCAACCUAGGGAGAUUUCUGCAGUGUUUUACCCUCACGCAUUGCUUUGCAAAUUAUUAUAAACCCAAAACAAUUCACUGAGACAGACAACAGUGGCAUUAUUACUGCUAACAUUUCCAUUUUACAGGUAGGGAAACUGAGGCACAGAGAGGUUAACUGAGUUGCUUAGAGCCUGUUGAAGUCAAGGACAGAACUCAUGAACUCCUGGUUCCUAGCCUCAGUGCCCAGCCCUACAGUUACCAAAUGGCUCUAGCAGAGAAGGUCCCUCAGGUUUGAAAUCUGCAGAAAAAUAAACCCAAACUUAUGACUGGAAGGAUACUUUUCCUCCAGGACUUACUGGCAGCUCAUUUGGGAACAUGAAGCAGUUGCAUCCCAUGCAGUUAAUGGACUGCAAGAGGACACAGGUAAUAUGCCUGAUGUUAGGGAGGCCAAAUGUGUUCUUUUUAAUUGAGCAAAAUUACCGCUGACUUAGAGCAUCAUCAUGGUACGGCAGAAUUUGACCUUAAUGUCUAGUUUGCUUUGGAUCCUGUGGUGUUGAAGGAAAAUUACUGUGUGCAAAUUAUAUGUAUAGGACACGUGCCUUGAAAACACCAUGUGAGGGACGGCUGGUGUGAAUGAGUGUUGCUCCACUAAUUCAGUAGAAGUGCUCUGAUUUAUACCAGGUGAGUGUGACACUAUUCCCCCUGGAUAGUAAGCUAAACAGCUUGGAAGAUUUGGCUAGUGAAAACCUAAUUGAACAGCAGUUUCCUGUGUUACAGGCAUGUAUUCAGAGACAUCCCCCAGAAGCCCAAACAGGGACAGAGAAUGGAUACAUGCAGCCUAACUCACCUGUGCCUCCGCACAUCUCUUCUAAUGGAAAGCUCAUUUGUCUGUCACAAAAAUAAGUCCUGUGACUAGUCAAGAAAACUCAUAGGACCCAGGUACCACCAAAUAAGGAUGAGCAUGGAAAACCUGAUCACUAAAACCAGUUCUUAUGGCAGACACGCUGGUGGGGUGAGGAGGGUUCUGACUUGAGGACACUGUUUAAUUAAAACCUGGAAUGUUCAUAUAUGUGAUUGAUAUAGUAAGAAGAAUUUAUGGCUCCUCUGGUAGCAUGUUUUUAGCUCCUCUGCAAACCAGAAACAACCAAAGUUGUUCAUUUCCUGUGCUGGGUGGGACAUAUUUCUUCCUGUGUCUUUGAUUAAUUAGCUUGAGAAAUAAGUUUGCUGCUCAAGACUUUCUGUUUGAGAGGAUCUCCCUGCGAGGGCUGCGGGAGAGCAGGCAAUGGGGCUUGGGAUGUGGCAUUACACAGGCUCAGAUAAUCCUCAAGCUUUGGGAGAAACAUGUGAGAUGGUGUCACGAAAACUUUCCCACAACUUGACAUAAAAGACUCAGAGCUCAACAGCUGCCGUUCUGUACAAAAGAAAAGAGCCUAUUCAAGGGCAGGACAAUGGGGGAUGGAAAAGCAGAUCCUGGAAGAGGUCACUUAAGCCUUACCUGGUUUAAAAAAUAAAUGAGUGGGAGAUUGAUUAGCUAGAGAGAUGCGUUGGCGUGUAUGUGUAUGCCAAUGAAAAAACAUGCACACAUGUAACCUGUAUGUGUAUAGACAUGCAUAAAAGGAAUGUGAAUAUAGAUACAGUUUGAUUUAACAUUGUUUCCAUUCCUUUGAAGGAUAUGACAGUGCUUUACACAUGUUAGGUGAUGUAAUCAUUUUGAUAAGAAUGCAGGACUUUACUGUCUCUGCAUCGCAGAUGGGGAUAUUGAGGCAUGGAGAAGCAAAGUGAAGAGACUCUGGAAAAUCUGGUUUCCAGACACCCAAGCUAUGCUGUAAUGCCUCCUGGCAAUGUAAACGGAGCAGUCUUUCUAUUGUUCUGAUUUUGCAUAGUUCUAGACCUCCCAGCAGUACAGAAAUCAGUCUGCUUCCCUUUUACACUUGUUUAUCUUCAUGCUAGUCGAUUCAGAGUUCAGUGAAGUGAGUGAUGCGUGCAUAGACCCAGAGGCAGGCAGAAUGCAGACAGGCCAAGUGCAGCCCUGAGAACGUAUCAUUAUGUCUUCACUAGCAGCAUUCCUUCCUUUGCCAGUUCUGGGUCUCCCUUGGUGCAGAGACUGCCAAUUGAACCAAGUCCUAGUGUGGGGUGCAAUCUAGAAUUGGAAACUAGGUAUCAGGACUCCUGGUUUCUCUGCAGCCAUGUUACUGACUUACAGGUAGACCUUGCUCUGUGUCUCUGUUUCCCCUUAGAUGCAAUGAAAAUAAUAAAAUCUGCUUCAUGUUGGGGAAGUAGGGAGCAUGUUGUGAGGUUGAAUAAAUGCUCAGAAUACUUUUGAGGUGCUUGGCUGGGGAGCUGUAUACGUGCAAAAGUAUUCUGCCCAAUAUCCAGCACACACUAAAGUUCCUGUUUCAUACCUCUUGCAUAUCUCUGAAAGCAGAUAUGUCCAGUAGUGUUAUAUCUGACUUCCCCAAAUGAAGAAGCAGUGACAAACAAUGUAACAUUAUUUGCAUCAUAUCAUUAUUUGCAUAAUAUCAGAAGACUUGAGCAGAGCUGGGUACAGAUCUGACUUUCAGGCUUUCACUUAACCACUAGCUGAUAGCUCCAGAUAGCUGUGUUUUCCAGCAGAGUAAUGUAUUGAUUACACCAAGCCAGAAGAUGAAACCCGUUCCUGGAUAUAACUCCCACUGAUGUCAGUUGAGAGAGAACUUCAGAAUCAACAACUUGUAGAAAAAUAAAACCGGUGUUAAGUCAUUAAGAUAAAUCUCCCUGUUUAUUCUGAGGAAUUAGCAAAGCACUCGUGUGUGUGCCCAUGUGCUUGUGCAUGCACAAGUGGGGGUCUGGCUGUGUGCGUGUGCCUGCGUGUGUUCUCAGAAGAGAUGCACAUACUCCUCUACACAGACUAGCUUAUUUCCCGCCAUCAGCCAGUGGCCUCUACCUCCACAAACGAUGUGAACGCCACAUUGUCCGCACCCGGAAUGCUAUUGAUCUGCGGCAUUAGUCAGCAGCCUUUUCUUACUGAAGGCCAGCUCUUUCCCAGCUUCUGACACACAAUUCUGAUCCCAGUCUUCCACGUACCCCACACUCUCCACCUGCUCAUCUGGGAGAAGGUCAUUAUCCCUAGGCUAUUCACUGCCAAUGGAGCAUGCAAGAAUAGAUGCUUCUCCUAUUGUCCUGCCUAUCUCUCUGAUUGGCUCUGGAGUGUGGGAAACUCAACCAAGCCAGAGACCCACAGAUUCUCAGUGAGGUUGUUCAGUAUAAAUAUCAGGCAGACACAGCGUCCAGCAGCACAUUUCCACUGCAUUUCAGCACUAUAGAGACUUUCCUCCCUUGGACAGAUGGCCCCAAGCACUGUUUUUAUGGAGCACAACAACCUGCUGACGCCAAAAGAGAAAAACAAACUGAGGAAGCCGGUGGUGGAGAAAAUGCGCCGGGAUCGCAUUAAUAGCAGUAUCGAGCAGCUGAAAGUCCUGCUGGAGAAGGAGUUCCAGAGACACCAGCCCAACUCCAAGCUGGAAAAAGCUGACAUCCUGGAGAUGACUGUCAGCUACCUGAAGCAGCAGAGCCAGCUACAGAUAAAGACUGCGGGAGCCUUCCAUAAAAACUCACAGUUUGACUUCAAGGAAGGCUACUCCAGGUGCCUGCAAGAAGCCUUCCACUUUCUGUCUCUCCAUAAAGUCCAGAUUGAAAUGCAGACCAAGCUCCUGAGCCACUUCCAGAAGGGUCAGACUGUUGCUCCCGAGAGCGUCUCCCCCCACUCCAACCAAAACGCCCCAAAGCAAGUGUCUUUGAAAAACAGCGGCACUCUCUGGAGACCCUGGUAGACUGGACUCUCAGGACAUUUGCCUUUUUUAUUCCAGAGGAAGGAGGUGACUGCAUCUGACAGUCCAAUCCUGAUCCUCUCAACUGUAGGGAAUAUUAUUUCCCCUGUUUUUUAUUUAUGUAUGGAAAGAAUGGAAUACUUGUGACUCUCCAGGCUCAUAUGGGAUCCUCGGGAAAGCGUUCAUGUAUUCUGUUGAGUGGUAUUGAAGCUGUGCAGAUGUCAGCAAUAGCAGGGCACAGCAAGGCACCCCAUUUGGGGGCACGUGUCUUCAUAAUGAAGGAGGUUUUUGUAGGUGAUUAUAUGUUGUCAAUGUUACAAUCAUGGUGAAAUUGUAACAGAUAGCAGUUGCCAUAGGAGAGCACUCUGAUUUUUUUUUAUUUUUAUUUUUUUGCCUGUAAAAGCUUUCCUCUUUCCUCCCCUUGCCUUGUUUACCCACUCAUUCAUAAUGUAGGAUGAAUCCACUAACUUGGUGUUGGUGCACAGUGUUCCAAAUCUCACUUUCUCUGUCUGAUUGCAGCUUGUACAGCAGCCAAGAUAACUUCAUAGCUGCCGCUCUCCCCUUGUUUCACUCAUUAGGACUAGACAGGGCCAUUAGAUAAAAGUAUGUGGAGUAUUUCUACCAUUUGCUGCUUUUUUCUGUUUAGGAAAAUGAUGCCUUAAUGCUUUAUAUUAAAGAGAAAAGAAUGUACAUGUGACGUUUGGUGGUUCAAUGUUAUACAUUUUGACUGUAAUAUUUGCUGUUUCCUUGUGUUCAUUAUUACAAUGGACUAUUCUCUACUGAGCAGUUUCAUUCACUGUGGAUGGUGUGUUUCUCCCGCUGCUGGGACCGGCCAUGUGGGCUGUUUGCAUACUGUGUAUGCAUCUGUAUCACCUGUAUGUGUAGAAAGCAAUAAAAUUGCAUUUGCAUGCAA